GUCUUAGCGCUUCGACAACAAUGGCGAAGGUGCAAGUGUUGAAUGUGGCCGUUCUCGACAACCCGAGUCCCUUUGGGAACCCCUUUCAGUUCGAAAUAACCUUUGAGUGUAUGGAGGACCUCCCUGAAGAUCUGGAAUGGAAGAUCAUCUAUGUAGGCUCAGCAGAGAGCGAGGAGUAUGAUCAAAUCCUGGACUCAGUUUUGGUUGGCCCAGUUCCUGCUGGAAGACAUAUGUUUGUGUUUCAGGCUGAUGCCCCAAACACUGGAUUGAUUCCUGAAAGUGAUGCGGUUGGUGUAACCGUAGUGCUGAUUACUUGCACUUAUCGGGGACAAGAGUUUAUUCGCAUCGGGUAUUACGUGAACAACGAGUACACAGAACCAGAGCUUCGUGAAAAUCCUCCAAACAAACCAGAUUACUCGCAGCUUCAGAGAAAUAUUUUGGCGUCAAACCCACGUGUCACCAGAUUCCAUAUAAACUGGGAAGGCUGUGCAGAAAGAAUGGAAGACUCUGAAAAUGUGGAUCCUACGUCAAACUCCAUGCUCCCACCAUCUUGUCAACCUGGCAAGGCUCCACCUUUGGGGAUCCUACCAGAUAACUCCAUGGACUGCUUAUAG